UGGCAGCGCCCUUGUACAAACGUGGAUAACACAGAGAAAGAAUUUUAAGCAGUUGCUCAGAUUGCUGGGAUUACCGCGAACAGAACCUGUCAGAAUAAUUAAAUGGAGAUUAGUGUAUUUCUGAUUACAUAUCUGUAGAUAUUUCACAUUCUAAUUCGUCCUUCUUUAUACCCUCAAAGUCAAAUGAUGAAAUAGAUUUAACUUUCGUUUUCUGGAUUAGACACUAACCCAUUCAGUUUAACCUCAGCAGCCUGAAUCUGGUGUGGAGUCAUUACAAACUGUUCUACAAGAUGAUGUGUAGAAGAGGGUGGUAUCUCCUUGGCAAGAAUUAUCGACUAUGUCACAGUUUUUCACGUGUACUUCGAUCCACCAAUGUCCAACCCCGUGAUGCAGCUAGAGCUUAUAAACCUGGAGACAAAGUCAGUGGCUAUACUGUUAACAGGGUGGUGGAGGUACCAGAUUUUUACAUCACUGCUGUUAUGCUUCAGCAUGAUAAGACAGGUGCCCAACACUUGCAUGCAGCAAAAGAUGAUGACAACAAUGCUUUCAGUGUCAUGUUCCGCACCACACCUAUGGACAGUACAGGUGUGGCACAUAUACUGGAGCAUACUGCACUUUGUGGAUCCCAUCGGUUUCCUGUUCGAGAUCCUUUCUUCAAAAUGCUUAGCCGAUCAUUGGCUACAUUCAUGAAUGCUCUUACAGCAAAUGACUGGACAAUGUAUCCAUUCUCCACACAAAACCCAAAAGAUUUUCAAAAUCUUUUGUCGGUCUAUCUUGAUGCAGUUUUCAGACCUCUGCUUAGGGAACUUGACUUCUGUCAAGAGGGUUGGAGGUUAGAACAUGAGGAUUCCAAUGAUCCUGGGUCUCCCCUCACCUUCAAAGGUGUUGUAUAUAAUGAAAUGAAAGGAGUGUUUUCCAGUUCCCAGAACCUGUUUGGUAUGGCAGCCCAGAGCCAGCUGUUGCCAAGUCACACUUAUGGAAUUGUGUCAGGAGGUGAUCCCCAUUAUAUUACUGACCUCACCUGGCAACAGCUGAAAGACUUCCAUGCAACCCAUUACCACCCUUCCAAUGCCAAAUUCUUUACCUAUGGCAACUUCCCUCUGCUGGGUCACCUGGAAUAUCUUAACACCUACCUUCAGCACUUUAACAGAAUUCCAGUCAGUACGUCUGUUCCUAAUGAGCCACGCUGGUCAGCACCUAGACAGCACAGACUGACAUGUCCGCCAGACCCCAUGGCUGCAGACCCCAGCAAACAAACUACAGUAGCUGUCAAUUAUCUUCUUGCAGACAUCACAGACACAUUUGAGGCCUUCAAGCUUCAAGUUGUGUGCAGCUUGCUUACAGAGGGAGAAGCUGCUCCCUUCUACAAAGCCUUGCUUGCCUCUAAUAUUGGUAGUGACUAUGCUCCAAUCACUGGUUAUCAGGGGCAGACAAAAGAAGGAAGCUUUGCGGUUGGACUCCAAGGUAUAAAAGAAUCUGAUGUGGACACAGUCUUACAGAUUAUUGACCAAACCAUGGACAAAGUUGUCAAAGAAGGGUUUGAGCAGGAAAGACUAGAGGCUCUGCUGCACAAGAUUGAACUGGGACAGAAGCAUCAAACUAAUAAUUUUGGUUUUCACCUUGCCAUUGGUGUGGCCUUCAGCUGGAACCAUGAUGGGGACCCAGUGAGACUGAUUCAAGUGAGUGAACAUGUUGAGCAACUGAGGCGAGAACUGAAAGCCAAUCCUCAACUUCUGCAAGAGACUGUGAGGCACUACUUGAAAGUAAACUCUCAUCGACUUACCCUAACAAUGAACCCGGAUCCUGAGUACACUGCUAAGCAACAGGCUGAAGAAAAGGACAGGCUUGCCAAGAAAGUGGCUGUCCUGACAGAGAUGGAUAGAGAACACAUUAGAAACAAAAGUAUUGAGCUGCUGCAGAAACAAAUGGAACAAGAGGACCUGUCAUGCCUCCCGUCCCUCAAAGUGGACGACAUUGAUCCCCUGGUCAAACCUGAAAUUACAGAGACGACUACUCUGUCUGGUGUCCCAGUGCAGUACAGCAAGCAGCCAACAAAUGGUGUGACUUACCUGCGUAUGGUGUCCAGCAUCACAGAGUUUCCUUCUCACCUAACAGCCCUGCUACCUUUGUUCUGUAACAUCAUCACCAGAAUAGGAGCUGGUGGUCAUGACUAUCUGUGGAUGUCUCAACAGCAGGAAUUGUAUACUGGAGGGCUUUCAGCAUCCACACAUGUGGGUUGUCAUCACACCGACCCCACAUCUUUUCAGCAGGCCCUGGUGUUUUCAUCUUAUUGUUUGGAACGUAACCUGGGCAAGAUGUUGGAACUGUGGCAUCUCAUCUUCACAAGCCCCGAUUUUAACGACUUGCAACGGUUGACAACUCUGAUCCGCAUGACAGCAAGCGAACUUGCAGCCAGCGUCUCUGAAGCAGGACAUAAAUAUGCCCUGGCCCAUUCUGCCUCCUCUCUCAAUUCUGCUGCUGCUCUUGAAGAGCUCUUCAGUGGCAUGAGUCAGGUGAGACUGAUGAAGAGUAUUGCUGAAACCUCAGAUCUCACAUCUAUAGUACAGCAGCUUCAAGAGAUAGCAGCUCUUGUUCUCAACAAAGAAAAUCUCAGAGUUUCAGUUAAUGCAACACCUGAACAAAUGGAAAAUUCUUGUGGGCAAGUGGAGUCUUUCCUGAAUGGGCUCCCAGGAAAUUGCCAGGAUCCUCAAGUGUAUAGAAAGGUGACAGAUAUUCCAUCAGCCCCUUGGUCUACUCAUUUUGAGCUUCCAUUUUCUGUGAACUAUGUUGCAUGCAGCUUUGCUGCUGUUCCGUUCACACAUCCUGAUCGCCCAGCACUGAGUGUAUUGGCUGCUCUCCUGUCUAGAAAAUAUCUUCACAGAGAAAUAAGAGAAAAAGGCGGUGCAUAUGGAAGUGGAGCAAUAUCUGGUGAUGGCAUCUUCAGUUUUUUCUCCUACAGAGACCCACACAACACACAGACACUUAGUGUGUUUGAGCAAAGUGUGGAGUGGGCAGCGACUGGCCAGUUUGCACAACAGGACCUUGAAGAGGCUAAGAUCAGUGUCUUUCAAGGGCUGGACAAGCCAGUAACACCAGGUAACCAAGGCAAGAGACAGUUUUUGGAUGAUUCUGAUGAAAUGAGACAAAUGUACCGUGACCACCUCUUUGCCAUCACCAAGAAUGACAUUGUUCGUGUUGCAAAGCAGUACUUGCAAGAUUCUAGCAAAUCAAAAGGCACUUGCUGCUUAGGCCCUUCUGUACCUGCCUUCCAGGAGGACAGCAGGUGGACAGUUAUCAGAGAGCAGUGA